AUGUCUGUUGUCGGUAUUGAUCUCGGUGCGCAGAGCACCAAGAUCGGUGUUGCUCGGAACAAGGGAAUAGACAUUAUCACCAAUGAAGUUUCCAACCGCGCAACCCCCGCUCGCAGCAGACACAUCGGCGAGGCCGCCAAGACACAAGAGACUUCGAACCUGAAGAAUACCAUCAGUUCCCUAAAGCGCCUCAUCGGCCGCUCUUUCAACGACCCCGAUGUCGCGAUUGAACAGCAGUUCAACACGGCCACCAUCUGUGACGUCAAUGGUCAGGCCGGUGUUGAGGUGAACUACCUGGGUAAGAAGGAGAAGUUCUCUGCGACUCAGCUGGUCGCCAUGUACCUCACCAAGAUCAAGGACAUCGCCUCCAAGGAGCUCAAGCUGCCUGUCUCCGAUGUCACCAUCAGUGUGCCCGCCUGGUUCACCGAUGUUCAGCGCCGCGCCAUGAUCGAUGCCGGUGAGAUUGCCGGUCUCAAUGUUCUCCGUCUCGUCAACGACACUACCGCCACCGCUCUGGGUUACGGUAUCACCAAGACUGACCUUCCCGGCCCCGAGGAGAAGCCUCGCCGAGUUGUGUUCAUCGACAUUGGUUACAGCGACUACACCGCCACCGUUGUCGAGUUCCACAAGGGUGAGCUGAACGUCAAGGCCACCGCCUACGACCGUCACUUCGGUGGUCGUAACUUCGACCAGGCCCUCACUGAGCGCUUUGCCGAUGAGUUUAAGGAGAAGUUCAAGAUUGACAUCCGAACCCACGGCAAGGCUUGGUCCCGUACCCUUGCUGCUGCCGAGAAGCUCAAGAAGGUCCUGUCGGCCAACCCCCAGGCCCCUAUGAGCAUCGAGUCGCUGAUGGAGGACACCGAUGUGCGCGCCAUGGUUAAGCGUGAGGAGCUGGAGGAGAUGGUCAAGCCCCUGCUGGACCGCCUGACUGUUCCUCUCGAGCAGGCCCUCUCUGAGGCUAAGCUGAAGAUCGAAGACAUUGAUCACAUCGAGAUGGUUGGCGGCUGUACCCGCGUUCCCGCUAUCAAGGAAACCAUCAGCAAGUACUUCGGCAAGAACCUUUCCUUCACUCUCAACCAGGAUGAGGCUAUUGCCCGUGGUUGUGCGUUCUGCUGCGCCACUCUCUCCCCUGUCUUCCGUGUCCGUGACUUCGCCAUCCACGAUAUCGUUAACUACCCCAUCGACUUCACCUGGGAGCAGUCCCCCGACAUUCCCGAUGAGGAUACCAGCCUCACUGUCUUUAGCCGUGGUGGUGUCAUGCCCUCAACCAAGAUCCUCACCUUUUACCGCAAGCAACCCUUCGACCUGGAGGCCCGCUAUUCCAAGGCUGAACAGCUGCCCGGCAAGGUCAACCCUUGGAUUGGCCGCUUCUCCGUCAAGGGUGUCAAGGCCGAUGCCAAUGAUGACUUCAUGAUCUGCAAGCUUAAGGCCCGCUUGAACUUGCACGGUAUCCUGAACGUUGAGUCCGGCUAUUAUGUUGAGGAUAUGGAGGUUGAGGAGCCCGUCCCCGAGGAGGGUGAGCAGAAGGAUGGUGAUGCUAUGGACACCAAUGGUGACGAGCAGCCCAAGAAGACUCGCAAGGUCAAGAAGCAGGUCCGCAAGGGUGACCUGCCCAUUGCCUCUGGCACUGGCGGCGUCGACCAGACCACCAAGGAGGCCUGGACCGAGCGCGAGAACUCCAUGUACAUGGAGGAUAAGCUUGUUGCCGAGACUGAUGAGAAGAAGAACGAGCUUGAGGCCUCCAUCUACGAGCUCCGUGACAAGAUCGACGGCGUCUACUCCGAGUUCGCCAGCGAGGAGGAGAAGGACAAGCUCCGCGCCAAGCUGACCGAUACCGAGGACUGGCUGUACGAGGACGGCGAGGACACCACCAAGUCUAUCUACGUCGCCAAGAUGGAUGACAUCCGCUUCAUCGCCGGCCCCAUCAUCCAGCGCUACAAGGAGAAGGUCGAGGCCGAGCGCGAGGCCGUCCGCAAGGCCGAGGAGGAGGCCGCUGCCAAGAAGCGUGCCGAGCUUGAGGCCAAGAAGAAGGCCGAGGAGGAGGCUAAGAAGGCUGAGGAGGACGCUAAGAAGGCCGCCGAGGGCGAUGCCGAAAUGGCGGACGCUCCCGCCGAGGGCGAGGCCGCCCCGGAGGGUGAGGAGAAGCAGUAG